AUGGGUGGUACUGGUUUUUGGGACGUGAAGAAAGGCGGGACACGGCCAUCCGAUGGCGAGUCACAAGAUGAGUCACCCAGGAACUUUCGGAGUCAGCCAGCAGCAAAGGCAGCGGCUGCAAGGACAUGGCCAUCUGCCUCCGAAUCCCAAGAUGAGUCACCUAGGAGCCUGCAGAAUCAGGCGGCAAAGGCAUCGCCAGCAAGGAACCAAGUGAGCCCGACACAAAACGCGGCUCCAAAGAGGCCAGUGAUGAUGAGGAACUCGACCGCCUGUAUGAGGAGGCCAGCACCACCACCAUGCUUCGAGGCCAGUGAUGAUGAGGAACUCGACAGGACCGGCUUUGGUGGACGUGUUCCUGUGGCUAUGCCAAGGAACCAAGUGAGCCCGACACAAAACGCGGCUCCAAAGAGGAGGCCAGCAUCACCACCAUGCUUCGAGGCCAGUGAUGAUGAACUCGACAGGAUCGGCUUUGGUGGACGUGUUCCUGUGGCUAUGCCAAGGAACCAAGUGAGCCCGACACAAAACGCGGCUCCAAAGAGGAGGCCAGCAUCACCACCAUGCUUCGAGGCCAGUGAUGAUGAGGAACUCGACAGGACGCUGUGGGGUUGCGAUCUGUUGCAGCGGGGAAUACCUGGGGAUGAACCAUCCAAUAGAUGUGGUCUAAAUGAAUUUAAUUGA